AUGAUGAGAAAGUCAUUGCGUAUGGCAGUCACAAGUUUUCAAAGGCGCAAUCCAAUUACAGCGUGACUAAACGUGAGUUACUUGCAGUGGUUUUAUUUGUUGAUAAAUUCGCUCCGUAUUUGCUUGGUCGGCAGUUUUUAAUCCGGACUGAUCAUGCCAGCCUCCGAUGGUUACUGAAUUUCAAAAAUCCAUCUGGUAUAUUGGCCCGGUGGUAUGAGAUUCUUGGCCAAUUUCAGUUCGUCAUCGAGCACCGUCCAGGGUCAGAGCACGUCGUGCCUGACGCUCUCAGCCGCAGACCUCCAGAUGUGGACGACAAGGCCUGUCAGACUGAAGGUCUUUCUGUCCCCGUGUUUCGUGUCAAUGCUUCUGACUGGUCAGUAAGCUACAUUCGCGCUGAACAGGACCAGGAUCCAGACUUGUCUGAGAUCAGCAGACACCUGUCUGCAGGUCGCAAACCGAAGAAGAAAGAAUUGUCUGCGGCAGCAGGUCGGUUUCUGUCGCAGUGGCACCGACUACGACUUGUGAAUGGGGUACUUUUUCGUCUGUACCGAAGGAGACCGUUUGACUCUGAUCAGCUCCAGAUUGUGUUGCCCAGAGCUCUCAUUUCCAGUGCCCUGGCGUCACUGCACGCUGGGCCUUCCGGUGGCCACUUCGCAGCUGACAAGCUGUUCGAACAGGCCAGACUCCGGUUCUGGUGGCCUCAGAUGUUCACCGAGAUAGAGUCCUUUUGUAAGAAAUGUCCCCAGUGUGGUUCGCGCAACGCCCCAAUUCCGGCUCCGAGGGCUUCGCUUGGUGAGCUCUCAGCAACAGAACCACUCGAGGUAGUGGGUCUGGACAUUCUGUCAUCAUUGCCAGAGACUCCAAGUGGUCACAAGAAUCUUCUCGUUGUAGUAGAUCACUUUUCACGCUGGGUAGAAGCGUAUCCGUUAAAGAGUCAAGAAGCAGCUGAAGUUGCUACAGUGUUCGUUCGCGAGUUUGUUUCCCGAUUCGGCUGUCCGCGCCGGAUUCAUUCAGACCGCGGUGCUAACUUCACGGGUGAAGUCUUGAAAAAGACGUGCGAGCUUCUGGGUAUCGCUCAAUCCAAGACUACCGCGUUCCAUCCCAUGUCCAAUUCCAUCGUAGAACGCACCAACCGAACUCUGAUUAACAUGUUUGCAAAAUUCCUUGAACAGCAUGAGCACGCUGAGUGGGAUAGAAAUCUUCCGUUACUUUUGCUUGGGUUGCGAGCUCAAGUGCAUCGAUCUUUAGGUGUGUCACCCUAUUGUGUCAUGUUUGGAAGAGAGCCCCGGCUACCGAUUCAGCUGGAGCUCGACACCCCUCUGAAGGGCCGAACCCGACCCAUCACUGACUAUCUUGAUGAACUGCGAUCAAAUUUGCAGGCACUUCAUCGUCUCGCGUUUGACAGUGCCAGGCUCAGUCAUCGACGGAACAAGGCGGUUUAUGAUCGGAAGAUAAAUGACUUUAAGUUUGCCCCAGGUGACCGUGUUUAUUUGCACAAGGGAGUGGUCCCAAAGGGAUCAUAUUAUAAGUUCCUCCGACCGUGGAAGCCCGCGGUUGUUAUAGCCAAAGUCGGAGAUAUGAACUAUAGGAUAAGGUUAGAUGGUGCCAAAGCGACACUACUUGUGCACCACAACAGGCUCAAGCCACGAGCUAGACAGGAUCCGGACCAGCCGCGGAGCGGUGUCGCGACCGAUCCCGCGACUGAUCCUGUGCACCCAACAGGGGGGAGGGGACGUGUGGGUGACUGGUCUCGGGAGGUGGUGGGGGAGUCUCAGUGGAAUGGCCAUGCUGAUGAGCCAGCUGUACUCACUCGUAUUGCCCCUGAUCAGUCGUAUGUCCCAUGUAUUUCGCAUCCGGCACUGAAUUUGAGCCCCACUGUGCCGCUCUUGACCAGCGGUGUCCCCGGUGAUUCGGGAGAUGAGAGACCUGACCCAGGCGCGGGUGACAGACUGAGUCCCGCUGGUACUCGUGAAGGGCAGACGGAGGGUUCGGAGACCACCGCAUUAGGCGAUGCGCCUCUGAGACGCUCUGCGCGGAGCAACAAAGGUGUGGCUCCUGAGCGGUUGACUUAUGGGUAAUUUUGUUUGGUAGCUGCCGUUGAGCCGUGAGCACUGAGCAUUGUCAUGUGAAAGUUCUAGCCCGAGUCUCUGUGGUGAAAAUAAAGUAGAGCGGACAAUGUUGGGUCGAGGGCCCCGACUCCUUCAUUUGUUAUGUCUCUAGUGGGUUGAAUGGAGACUCGUUCGAUUAUUGCCGCAGAUUCAGAGGGAUUUAGCUGGAAUUUGUGCAGUGUUAUAAUGUGCUCCUCGAUGGUGUCAAUUGUCCGGCGCGUGUGUGAUUGAUUUCUGAAUUGUGCUGCCGCUGUUCCGGCCGGUGUUAAGCUGACGUUGAGAGGACUGUAUGCUCGUUAAGGGGGAAGAGUAUAGGCGGUGUGCCGCGCAACAAUCCGGCGGCUCUACGCCGGUUGCGGGAAAAUCAGGUCAUGUGACUCAGGUCAUGUGACUCCCGCGGGUCGGGAGCCACCAAUCGCUGCGCGCCACGAUUGGCCGGCGGGUCGGCCGUCCGGGCCGCGCGGCGGCGACCCCGCCAUUCGUGCACUGGUUCUGUGUGGUUCGUGACGUGUGCGUCUGCGUGAACGGUUGUGUUCGGUCUGAUGCUGCUGGUGCUGGCGCUGCUGGCUAUCAGCCAAUCGGAAGCCACUGGGUUCGGAUACAGGAGAUACCCGUACUACGGUGGCUACGGACUGGGAUACGGCGGGCUGGGCGGCUUCGGACGCUACAGCAGUUACGGAUACGGCUAUCCGGGCUUCAGCUACUACGGCUGAUCUCUUCUGUAGCUCGCGACGUUGCGUGUCUUGGUGUGCCAGCCAGGGAGGCCAUUGACCUCCGAUGCAAAUGCUGAUGUAAGAUGGUUUUACCCGUAUUUUACUGGCAUUUUUAUGUGGUGGUUUUGGCACCAGAAUUCGAAUAUGGUGGAGGUAAAUCUCUCGCCAGGUAAUGUCAUCUGGCUCCCCCUGCGAUGAGGUGUUUUGAGUAAUGUGUCUUACAUGUAACGUUCAUACCACAAUAUCAAAUACAUUCGUUGGUUACUGAA